AUGAAUCUACAAAAGACAAAAAACACGAAACAAGAUGCUAAAGACCCAGUAGAUAAUAUUGCUUUUAAAAUAUUGGGUGAUUUUGGAAAAUGGCAAUUGAAAAUAAGCAUUUUGAUGGCUUUACUAAAGCUACCGAUGGCGUGGUAUCAACUAAAUAUUUUGUUUCUUGCUCCUCCUCAAAAUUUUUGGUGUGCGAAACCAAAAAUUUGUAGUCGAUAUUCAAAUGACGAAUGGCGCCAGAUUUGUUCACCACAUAAUCAAGAGCAUCCAUGUCUUAUUUUCGAUCCGGAUAUACUUGCAGUAGCCCCCAUGAUUGAUAGAUCACUGGUGCCUUUGGUACAUUGUAAGAAAUUUGUUUAUGAUACAUCUGUAUUCAGUCGAACUAUAACAUCUGAAUGGAACUUAGUAUGUUCUAAACAUUGGUUGGUACAUUUCACACAAGCGGUUAUGAUGUGGGGUACAGUUGUUGGUGGGAUAUUAUUCCCGAUAUGGGGAGAUAAAUACGGUCGAAAGAACCCACUCAUGUUUGGUAUACUUUUGCAAUUUGUUGCCGGCUUCCUAACAUGUGUUGUGAGGCAAUACUGGAUGUUUAUGAUAUUUUGGUUCAUUUUAGCUGUAGCGACCGGCGGAUUGGGGAUUAUUUCUUUUGUCGUGUGCAUGGAGGUUGUAGGUGGUAAAUGGCGGACAGUUAUUCCAAUUUUCUACCAACUACCUUUCGGACUGGGUAACACUGUGUUAGCAUUACUUGCCUAUUGGAUAAGAGAUUGGCGAUAUUUGGAAUUUGCCUUAUCUUGCCUUACUUCCCUGUUCCUUUUGUACUAUUUUGUAAUGGAAGAGUCGCCUCGAUGGCUGUUAGCUACAGGGCAGCUAGAAAAGGCGUGUGUUGUUCUCGAAAAGGCUGCAAAGUUUAAUGGCAGAGAAAAUGACUUUAAAAACGCAAAGCGAACUCUUCUCAAAAUGGGAACUAAUAAAAGACAUAAUCCGGGAUUUUUUGCUUUCAUCAAAUCGAGGAAUAUGAGAACGAAAACUUUACUAUUGUCCGUAAAUUGGUUUUGCACGGGACUAGCCUUUUUCACAUUCUCGCAAUACCUCGGUUACAUAGCUACAAAUCUUUAUCUGAUGAUAUUUUUGAGUGGUCUUAUUGCUCUACCUGGGUGUAUGUUAUGUCUCUGUAUAAUAAUGAGAUACGGACGAAAAACAACCGUUUGGAUAUUUCAAAUAAUAACGUCCAUUUGUUUCUUGAUUAUUCUUUUGAUACCGAAAGAAAUGUACGCCGAAGAUUGGCCUCGAUUGAUUGUGGCUGGAAUAGGAUUCGCUAGUUUAUCGGGAACAGUACCAGCUCUAUAUUUGUACUCUGGGGAAUUAUUUCCGACUCUUGGCCGGAAUGCGGGGGUCGGAGGAGUGACAACCUUCGCUCGAAUCGCUUCAAUGAUAGCCCCAGGGGUGGUCAGCCUGGAUGAGAUUAAAGCUGAUUUACCACUCAUUAUACUUGCUGUGAUGUCGUUUUGUCAAUUAGCACUUCUUGUGCCCUUGCCAGAAACAAAGGAUCACCCAUUGCCAGACACGUUGGAAGAAGCGGAACGGUUUUCUAAAUUAGAAAACCAACAUUAUGGAAAAGAAAAGAAAACACCAGGAAAUGCAUAA